AUGGAUCGAUUUGUAAAGAGAGCUCGUCUAGAAGACACUGCUCAAAAUAUGAAUGAUCCUCCAGCUGAACCAGCAACACCGUCUAUAACGAACAUAAAAUUCAAAUAUUUGUUUGAUGAAUUUUUUAAAUUAGUGUCGACUGAUGGUGAAAAGCUAAUAGCAUCAUGUAUAAACUGCCACAAGAAUAUAAGUGCGUCUACCAAGUCAAGUGAAAAUUUAUUGAGUCAUAUUAAAAGUCAACAUUCAUUCUUACUCUCCAAAGUUGAAAUAGCCAGAACAAGAAAUAAAAAUAAAAAUAAUUCUGUUCAAACAAAAAUGUUUGAUGUCCGUUCAAAAACAGUGACAAAGGAAAUGGUUAAGACGUUAGUAUUUGAUUAUAUUGUUAACGAAAUGUGUCCAUUAAGAACAUGUGAGAAACCAAGUUUUAAACUUUUAAUAACUAGACUUACUGGAUUAAACGACCAAAUAAUACCCAACAGAAGACAGCUAUCAAAACAUUUAGAUAACAAAUAUGAAUCAUACGUAUCUAUGUUGAUGGAUUUGAUAGCAAAAAGUAGUUUUGUUUGUACAACGGCUGACAUAUGGAGUACAAACAACCGAAGUUACAUGGGAAUGACAUGCCACUUCAUUGAUGAAAAAACAUAUGUCCGGCAUUCAUAUGUCCUUGGCUGUAAACGUAUUAAGGGAAGCCACAACUACCAAAACAUUGCUGAAGUUAUAUCAAAAAUUACACAAAUAUAUGACAUUGAACAUUCAAAAAUAACCCAUAUUAUUACGGACAAUGCUGCAAACUUUGGAAAAGCAUUCAGGGUGUACUCUACUUCUCCAAACAUUGCUCACAAAGAAACAAUGAACGAUUUAGGUAAUUUUGAUGAAAACAGUUCAAAUUCUUCAAAUUCUGAUAGUGGAUCAGACUGUUCAAAUUUUGAGUUAGAAAAUGUAGAAUUCAAUAACUUGUUUUUAACUUCUGAAUCAAACUCAAAUAACGAUGGUACAUUUUGUCUACCAAAACAUAUGCUUUGUUGUGCUCACACGUUGAAUUUGAUUGCAGCUAAUGACAUUUCAAAAAUUUCUGAUAACAAUUAUAACAAAAUAUCCAAAUCUACUUUUUCUAAAUUGUCAAAUUUUUGGAAUUUAGCAAGUCGAAGUACCGCAGCAUCUGAUAAAGUGUAUGAUAUUUGUAUGUGCAAGUUUCCAGUUCCAGUAGUGACCCGGUGGAAUUCAUUAUAUGAUGCAACCCAAAAAAUUUUAGAUCACAAACUAAACAUAGCAAUAAUAUUUGAACAGUUACAUUUGCCCAAAUUGAAAAAUAGUGAGUGGGGAUUCAUAAAUGAAUAUUGUAAGGUUAUGAAACCAUUGGCCUUUUCAUUAGACAAGUUGCAAGGUGAAACAAAAAGUUUCUUGGGAUAUGUGGCUCCCACUAUAUUAGUGUUAAGAAAGUUAUUGAUAUUGAAUCAAUCUGAACAGUUAAUAUAUUGUAAACCUUUGAGUCUUACAAUUAUAAAUAGUCUAGAGAAGAGAUUUAAUUUUUUAUUUUAUCUAAAUGAUCCAAAAAGCAAAGAUUUUAUAAUUGCUUCGAUUAGUCAUCCAAAAUUUAAAUUGGAUUGGGUGCCUGUUCGAUACAAAGAUUUAUGCAAGAAAAUAUUUAUUAAAGAAUGUAAUUCUAUGUCCACUUUAACUAUUAUACAGCCAGACUCUCAAAUGAAGAAAGUGAUUGUACGAGUGAUAAAGAGUUUUAUGAUAAUUUAUACUCACAUCGUUCAAUAA